AAGAUCAUUGGGUAGUAAAAAAUCUUCCAGAAGAUCAGUGGAUAAUUAAUGAAGGUAAACAUGUUUUAAAAAAUACAAAAGUUAUAGAAGGAGAUCGUGCUAUUGGCUAUGCAGGAGUUCGCGCAAAAUGUUAUAGUGUUGUUUGUGAAAAUUCACGAAAAAAUAUGAUAAAGGCUAAAGGUCUAAAAAAGUCUCUUAUCAAGAAAGAGCUUAACCAUAAAAUAUUCGAGAACUGUAUUUUAGAAGGAAAAAAGGAUCAGCCACGAACUGCACAAUUCUUCCGAAGUUACAGACAUCGAAUGUAUAGAAUAAAGCAAACAAAGAGAAAUAUUAACCCAUUAGAUAUGAAAUUGUGGAUAGCUCGUGAUAUGGAAACAAUAUAUUUAUAUGGUGAUUGUGAAAUUCCAGAAGAAUAA